CUCCAGUAACCAGGAGAGCUGUGUGAAUUGUGACAAUGGAGCGCGAUGUGGCUUGUUAUUAACAGGCAUUUAAACGUCCCCAAACGCCACACGUUCCUGAGCGAUGACAGUAAAUUACCAAAGUCCUUUUAAGCUACUACCCCAGAGGCAUCUGUCAGAGUACGGGCGCGUGGCGUAAGAAGGCCAGCCGAGGCCUCCAUUACCAUGGCUGCGAGGGGCGGGGAGUAGGAGUGCUGGUCACCAGGAGGGGGUUGGGCCGGGAGACUGGGUCCUCCACGGUCCCGGCGAGCCCCGCGCCUGCUUUUCGCCUCCCUCCCCUUCUUCCCUCCCCUCCGGUCUGCUCCCUCCGCGGCACGCAGCGUGGCUGCUCGUUGGCUACUUAGAGCGGAAGCUCGGUUGGUGUCUCUCCAGAAGUUUCCCCCUCGGGCGGCGGCGGAGCUGGUAACCUCCGUAGUAGCAGCUGCAGCAACACAACAUUGACUAGUAGAGAUGGCGGCGGCUGCAGCUGGACCUGCAACAGCCCAAACGUUUUGCCGGAGCUUCUCAGAUGCUCUGAUUGACGAGGACCCCCAGGCGGCGUUAGAGGAGCUGACUAAGGCCUUGGAACAGAAACCAGAUGAUGCACAAUAUUAUUGUCAAAGAGCUUAUUGUCACAUCCUUCUUGGGAAUUACUAUGCUGUUGCUGAUGCAAAGAAAUCUCUUGAAUUUAAUCCAUAUAAUCCUACUGCUAUGCUGAGAAAAGGGAUAUGUGAAUACCAUAAAAAAAACUAUGCUGCUGCUCUGGAAACAUUUACAGAAGGACAGAAAUUAGAUAGUGCAGAUACUGAUUUUAUUGUCUGGAUUAAAAGGUGUCAAGAAGCUCAGAAUGAGUCACAAUCAAUGGCGUCUGUAUCCCAGAGGACUCCUCAGUCAAAAAUCAAGUAUGACUGGUAUCAAACAGAAUCUCAAGUAAUCAUUACACUUAUGAUUAAGAAUGUUCAGAAGAAUGACGUAAAUGUGGAAUUUUCAGAAAAAAAGUUGUCUGCUUUGGUGAAACUUCCUGCUGAAGAGGAUUACAAUUUGAAUCUGAGACUUCUUCAUUCUAUAAUACCAGAACAGAGUACGUUUAAAGUACUUUCAACAAAGAUUGAAAUUAAAAUGAAAAAGUCAGAGGCUGUGAGAUGGGAAAAACUCGAGGGAGAAGAAGAGCCUAAGCCAAAACAGUUCGUAGCAGAUGUAAAGAACCUAUAUCCAUCAUCAUCUCUUUAUACAAGAAAUUGGGAUAAAUUGGUUGGAGAAAUCAAGGAAGAAGAAAAGAAUGAGAAAUUGGAGGGAGAUGCAGCUUUAAACAAAUUAUUUCAGCAGAUCUAUUCAGAUGGGUCUGAUGAAGUGAAACGUGCCAUGAACAAAUCAUUUAUGGAGUCUGGUGGUACAGUUUUGAGUACCAACUGGUCUGAUGUAGGUAAAAGAAAAGUUGAAAUCAAUCCUCCUGAUGAUAUGGAAUGGAAAAAGUACUAAAUAAAUUAAUUUGCUAUUACUGUAUUGCAUAUAUUCA